AUGGCGUUCGCGGCAGAGGAAUCGCAGGAGGGAAAUGUGGUGCUCUACGUCGUUGUAGGCUUAUACCUCGCACUGCUGACUGUGAUUGCGAAGCUCGCACACAGAAGGAAGCAGAAGCAAGCUGCAGUGGUUGGGAAGGUGAAGGCUCACUUCAGCGGCUCCUUCGGCAAAUUCACAUUGAUGCUCACGACGUUCUCCACCAUAUACUCUGGCUAUACCGUUACUGGAAUCCCGGAGGAAGCUUUCAACAGAGGAUACAUAUCACUUAGAUGGAUCGGAGCUACCUUGGUAAUCGUGGCUGGGAUGUUGCUGCUCUAUCCCAGGCUUCGGCGCUUAUCCGUCGAGCGGAGCUACACCAGUCCCUUCGACUUCAUCUCGGAUCGCUUCGGCACCCGGCGUUUGAGGCUCCUUUGUGCAGCCUGUGGCGUUGUGCCGAUGCUUUUGUACAUCGCUGUGCAGAUGGUCGCCUUUGCGGCUAUGGUCGAGGGCAUGACGCUCCAAGUUAUACCAAAAACACCCUGCAUGCUGAUCUUCUGCGUCAUCAUCAUCACAUUGGAAAUGUUGGGCGGCAUGAACAGUGUUGUGUUCACAGAUGUGGUUCAGUGCCUUGUGAUGCUGCUCUCGUUCCUGGUAACUCCGUUUGCUUUGGGGCUCGAAUAUGGCUUUUUGCCAGAGAUGGUGCCAGGUGAUUGUGCAUACCUCAACCAUGUGUACCCCAACUCCACAAGCUCUCAUGCUGCACCGGCACCGUGCGUCGGGAGCGACUGCGUAGCAUCCGGCUGUGUUGCCGCCGUCAGGCCGGACUUUUUCUUGUUUCCCAGCAGAUCCGAUUUCUGUGAUGUGCUCUUUUUCCUCUUCAACAUGUUGGCGGCACCGGUCACACCUCACAUGCUCCAGCGUGCAUACCUUGCUAAAGCUGAUACUGAUCUGCGUUGGGUAAUUGGGGCGAUGCUGCUUGCGCCGUUUAUAGCACAGCCACCUGGCAUUGUGAUUGGUCUGGUGAAGGCCGCAAAUAACCCGGCCUGGCCUCCCAUUGACCAAACCGCGACAGCUUUUUCCAGCGUGAUGGCGCAACUGAAGCUGGUGGGAGUGCUCCAGUACGUGUUCGUGUCUGUGAUGACCUGCUGUGCACUCGCAGCCAUCAUGUCAACUGCAGACUCUGCACUGAUGGGGGUUUCAAGUGUGAUCUCGAAUGACAUUCUCGCGAAAACCUUGCUCCCCUCUCUCUCAAGCAACAAUUUAGUGAGGGCAGGCACUGUUACGUCCCUCUGUGCGUGCAUGGUGUCCUUCUUCCUUGGGAACUACCUGACCAGUACACAAAUGGGCGCCAUCAAGAGUUUCAAUGGGGGUAUGAUGAUGCAGCUGUUGCCGGCUUUUGGCAUGGGGCUUUACACAGAAGUGUCGGAACGAUCUAUCACAUUGGGAAUUGUAGUUGGCCUUCUGUCGCUGUUGGUUCUUGUAAUAUGUGGGGAUUCUUUAGGGAGCUAUGUGCCGGACAUUAGUCUCUCGGCUCUCCUGAACUUUCUUACGGUGGGCCUUUCCCAUAGCAUGCACUGCCUGGCUGAUGAAAGUGAGGGCAAGCUUCUGAAUGUCAAGGCGAUCCGUGACAUGAUGGCCUCCUCCAGAGAACCCAGAUUGGCGCUCGUUGCUCUUAUGCUGAGUCUUGCUUUGGUAUCAGCACCCUGGUACGGCACGCCUGGCAAUGCGAAGGCAAGAAGCAAGUCUGCGAGCCCCGCAAGCUUGUCGCCAACGUCGGCUGCCGGCUCCUCGCCGAAGGUGCGUGGAGGGUCUGCGGCUCCAUCGCCAGUAUCUGCAUCGCCUUGCUCUCAGGCCAGCCUGGACCACAUCCCGGCCUCGCCCGUGUCGGCAUCGCCCGGCCUUCCUCCGUUUGAGCUGGAAGAGCUGGUAGGAGAAGAUAUCUCUGGGCAGGCGGAAGAUGAGGUGAUCAUCAGCAGGCCGUGGAAGCCAUCGGGGCACGCUGCCGAGUACAGCUUGCCCCAGGAGAGCAGGGCAGAGGACAUCACGGCCAUCUCCUCUUCGGACUCAGCCGAGCGCCGGUCUCCCAGAGAUCCAGAGCACAGCGGAGGCCCCGGCCUGUGCAAGACCAAGGCCGGCCGCUUCGAAGGCGGAGUGGACGAGCUUGUGGCGGAACUGGCCGAAGCUCAGGAGCUCCAGAAGAAGAUGUCGCAGCUCCUCAGCAUGGUGUCGCAGCAGGGUGAUCAGGGGGUGGUGGAAGUCGAGGAAGUUGAGGUGGUGGAGGCGGCGGACGACGGUGCAGUGGUAAUGCUGGAGGCUGAGCCCGAGGAUCCCGGUGCCAAUGUAUCCGUGCCCGGCCCAGACAAAACCAACCUCACAGUCACAGACGGCCCCGCCGACCUCGAAGAUCCUGCAGACCUCGCAGAUCCUACAGAUCCUCUUGAGGAUCCUCCGCAAGAGGCUGAGGCUGCCGAGGGCUUGGAGUUCGAAGGCUCUGAGUCCGAGGACACGAAGCGAACUGAAGCUAUUGCUACGGGUUUGGGGAGGUCGCAACGUCAAAUUCAAGACGGGCCGGUGCUUCCAACCACCAACGAGGCGGACGGGCUGGUGGCGGAACUGGCCGAAGUUCAGGAGCUCCAGAAGAAGAUGUCGCAGCUGCUGAGAAAGCUGGCUCAGCGGGGAGCGCGGAGGGUAAAGGAAGUUGAGGCGGAGGAUGGCACGGCGCAGAUACCCAUAAAGAGUCCACCCGACUUCGCAGACCUUCAAGACCUUCUUGAAGAACCUCUGCAAGAGGCUACCAGCGACGGCUUGGAAUUUGAAGGUUCCGAGUCCGAGGAGGGCCCUGUGCUUCGGGGCAGUCCCAUGGAGGUUGCCAUGGGUGGCCUCACCCACGAAUGGCGACAGAAGCUUCGCCGGGGCCUGUCCGAGGCUUUGCUGUCAAAUCUGGACUGGAUUGAGCAGGCAAAGUCAAGGAGCAUCUUCCGCAUCCCGCCACUGCAUGCGGCAGAGAAGCGUCAGCCGGCAGAGGAGCUCUCUUUGAGUGAUGUCGAAGGCCAGGGAGAAAGGGAGAAGCCUGAGAAGCAUCUCAGCGACAGCGCCGGGGCAGGAAUGGACCUUGAAGACAGGUUCAAGGCUCUCGAAAUGAUGCUGACCACAGAGAUGGAGAUGGCGGUACAGCCGCUUCGGGAUCGGGUGCAGGUCCUCGAAGAAAAGUUGGGCCUGGCAGAGGACCCGAGCGAGACCGACGGCUUGUCGGUGUCGGUUCAGGUCACGAUGGCAUCGCCUAAAAACAUGCAUGAGGUGAUCUCCUUGAAGGAGGAUGGCACGGAGAAGAGUCGACCAAGCUAUCUAAAGGUUCGCUCCGUGGAUUCCCAAGAUGUGGACGCUGUCACCGAAGAUGACAUGCAGGUGGCUUUUAGCCGUGACAUUUGGACCUACUUUUCGCUUGUUGGGUUGGGGAAGAUUGGCAGCUGGGAUGCGUGCUUCACAUUCAUUCUGGCAUUGGUGAGCUUAGCCAUGCAGGCGGCAUUCAUCAUUAUAUUGAUGUCCGAGUUCUUCCUCGAGCGACCUUUCGAGGAAAAGGUGGAACUUGCCAAAAUCUGGCGUACCAGCGUGGCCCACGACUCGAGGCACAUGGACCUCGCUCAGACGAGCCUCGCCUCGCGCGUCUGCCGAGGAGACGGCGCUCUCAUCGUGUCCACGAUCCAAGCAGAACUCGUCGAGGAGAUCAACAAAUUCCUGGGUUUAGGCCUUGACGACUUUGAACCGAGCUCCUUCAGCCCAGGUACGAUGCUUUCCGUUCUUUGCAUCCUCCUGUGGUGCAUGCGCGUGUACAAGGAUCUCCGGCGCAUGGGACUGGUCAUGGAGGCUUGGUCCUGGAUUCCACGAUCCGACAACAGUAACACCAUCAUGAACGAGGAUUUCGGCUUUGCCGAACUCUCCCAGAACCGCUUCUAUGGCUUCGGAACUAUUUUGUUCGUGUGCUUUGCCAUGGACUGCCUCUUGCUGGUCGCCGGAAUCCGUCUUCUGGCAUCCACCACAUCUAUCUCAUCCUUGAUACUUGAUGCGGUCGCGCUCGAGGCGAUCUUGGACAUCGACGACUUUAUGUUUCAUGCCCUGGCGCCCUUGAGAGCCAGAUUGCUUAUCCAGGGAUUGCAGCCCAUGCAGGUGAAAAUCAGUCAGGACCGAAGCCAAGUGGAGUCCGGAUUUAACUUCUGCCUUCUCGCCUCCGCGCUGGUGUUGCCCUACCUCUUCAUGCUGGCACCACUUGGCCUCUCCAUGCAAGCCGUGAAGUACGAGCUUUGUGGUGGAAGCCAGGAGUUCGUAGUAGCUUACAAUCAGGACAUCCAGAUGACCUAUGCACUACGGACGCAGGCGGAGAGAGGCAUAGAGCUUCUUCCCAGCGAAGUGGCCGUGGAUGAGUUUAAGCACAGCUCCGAGGGGACACUUCCUCGAUACAUGGUCUUCUCGCCGACCUCGCAGGCCUUCGACACAGACCAGGUCCGAACCAUGGCCCAGGAGGCUGCGACUUUCCCCAUCUGCUUCGAGACCCAGGUCCUGCAAGAGACAGGUCGUGUCUACCGCGAUCCUGUGGCCAUGUCGCUGAUCGAGCCACGCUUUCAGUCCAUGGUGGCGAAAUUCGGCCGCAACGCCACUACUUGUGAGGAGAUGCAGGACCUCUGCUACAUGCCUGAGGCACGGAUGCUGCGUUACCUUUGUGGUGGGACGUGUGGCUGUGCUUCCGCCGCAGCCUCGACCUGGUACAAGGUUGCUCGGCAAGGGUGUUCCGAAAGCUGUCUGAAGGAGGCUGAGGCUGCGACCUCCUGCACGGAUGUUGCGGCCACAUCUGCAGGAUGGCGAUCGUUUUGGAUAAACUACGUGCCGGUCGUGUCGUCCUUCUUCGGCCAGAACUUAGCUCAAGCAAACAUGCUAACAAUGCUGAAUCAGACUGUACAAGCUAUGCUGACUGAGGGUUGUCCCAGGCUUCUAGUCAACGACACCGAUUUUGUCACUUCCGUAAAAUGGUGCGAGGGCUUUCCAGACCUUUUCCGACCAGUUGCCUUCUUGUGCCCUGAAACCUGCGGAUGCAAAGCAUCUGCCUCGGGUUUUUGUCCCUCCACCUGCCUUUCCGAUGCUGUGCACGGCUCGACCAACUCGAGCAAUGCAUCGUUUGUUCCGUGA